AUGAUGGCCAUACAGAGUCCGAAGAAAACCCCGCGAAAGAAUGCGGCAAAAAGCCCCGAAAAAAAGAAGGCCAAACCACCCCCACCGCCGUUCUUUGCCCCACGAAACCUGGCGUCCUCGAAUGUUAUCCCAUCAUCCUCGCCGGCAUUCGCGACACCAGCACACCCGCUACGACCGUUCCAAGUGCCAGCACCCGCGAAAGCUGCCGUUCUUCCCAUUCUUCUCCCGCCCGCGACACUUCGGCCCCUCGCUUUCCGCACCUUCACCAAGAAACAUAGUCUCACACUCACAUCCUCAGCGCUGCAAGAGCUCGCAACAUUUAUCGGGAGACAUUGUGGGUCAGGAUGGAGAGAGGAGGGGCUCGCAGAGAAGGUGCUGGAAGAGGUCGCGCGGACUUGGAAGAACCGUAAUGGCGGAGUCAUUGUGGAGGGGACCAGUCCCGAGCUGAAAGACAUUCUAAAGACGCUAGAGGGGAACAUGAGUGGUGGCAAGAUCAUGACAGGGCCCAGGGGCCUCAGCAGGCAGAAUAGCUUGAUGCUUGAGCCGAAUGAGGAUCCGGAGCACUCCAAGACCCGGCUGGGGCUCAGACCUGCGACGACACUCACGCGGGAGGAUAGCCAGGCAAGCUUUGGUAUGUCGGGUGUGGGAUUCGAAGAGGACCCGGAGGAGGAAGAGUUGCAGGAUAUUAGGAAGUGGAUGAAGGUUAUCGGGGCUUUUGAUCAGCCACGAUAUACCUAUAAUGUCACAAAAAAGCAUUUUGAGAAGAUUGCGUCCAAACCCUCACUUCUUCCACCGGCCUCCCACAAAACAGAAGCCUUUCGCAACAGGUUCAAUGUUGUACAUCAACGACUGCUUCGUAACGAGGCCUUCCAAACAUCGGCCGUAACAAGCUCCCGCACCUCUGCCCUCCGUCGAGGUGCGUCCGCCACGAUGCAGUCACACAAGAUCACACCCGUUGCAAACCUGUUGGGCCGCCAUGGCACGAACCACAUGCUACUGGGGAUGCUGGUCGUCUUGCCGACGGGAAGUCUUGCUAUCAGCGACUUGACCGGCACGAUCACGCUUGACCUGUCGCAUGCCGUGGCUCUUCCCGAUGACUCGGCCUGGUUUACGCCAGGAAUGAUUGUUUUGAUUGACGGUGUCUACGAAGAAGAAGAAGAGUCGAUCGGGAAAGGGUUAAGCGGUAGCAGCGGCGUAGGAGGCACCAUUGGUGGUCGGUUCCAGGGGUUUUUCAUCGGCCAACCACCUUGCGAGACACGACGCGUAACAGUGGGUGUGAGCGGGUUGGAGGGCGGUGCGGACCACACAGUCGGCGGCGGUUUUGGUUGGAUAGACUUCCUCGGCGUGGGUAGUGAGCGGGCGGUGGGGUCCCGUAUGCGUAAGAUCGAACAACGUCUUUUACGACAACCAGCCCUCGCAGACCCGGAUAUCCCCGGGCGGGGCCGGGUGGUGAUUGUGGGCGAGCUGAAUCUCGACCAGCCACGCAGCUUGCAAGCACUCAAGAAGAUAUUGUCCCUGUAUGCCACGGACCCCGAGGGUUCUACGCCGAUGACGUUCGUGCUGGCUGGCAACUUCACAACCCACGCCGUCAUGGCGCGUGGGGGAAGUGGAGGAAGCAUCGAGUACAAGGAGUUCUUUGACGCAUUAGCGUCUACUCUUGCUGACUUUCCCAUGCUACUCACCACAGCGACGUUUAUUUUCGUCCCAGGCGAUAAUGAUGGGUGGGUGUCAGCCUUCUCUGGGGGUGCUGCUGUGCCAUUACCCCGGAAAUCCAUUCCAGAUCUUUUCACCUCUCGAAUCAAGAGGGUUUUUGCGGCCGCAAACGCCGAGGCAGGAUUAUCUCCAGCCGAGGGGCAAGGGGGUGAGGCUGUGUGGACUACGAACCCCAGCCGCAUGUCCCUUUUCGGGCCCAACCAUGAGAUUGUCUUCUUCCGUGACGACAUCUCAGCCCGUCUGCGCCGCUCUUCCGUUCGUCUCAAGAGCAAAACCGCCACAAUCACGGCCGAUGAUGACCCUCGCCAGCCACAAACCCAGUCGGAAGACAUCACUAUGUCCGGGGCGAACAACAACCCAGCCCCGUCUUCCCCAUUAGCUCCCGGUCUUGAAGCAAUGGACCUUGACGGCGCAGACCAACAACAACCUCCUCCACCAAACGCCCAGGACGAAACAAUCCCCUACGAUGUCCUCACAGCCCGCAAACUCGUCAAAACCAUCCUUGACCAAGGCUACCUUGCCCCCUUCCGGCAAGCCUUACGCCCUGUCCACUGGGAUUAUACCUCAGCACUCUACAUCUACCCACUGCCAACAGCGUUGGUACUAGUCGAUACGACGGCACCCGCAUUCUGUGUCACGUAUGAGGGCUGUCAUGUAAUGAAUCCGAGCAGUGUACUUGUCGCGGGUAGGAGGGGAGUUGCUAGGUGGGUAGAGUAUGCCGUGGGUGUAGGGAAAGGGGGGAGGGUGAGGGAAUGUACAUUUUAA